CACGUGCCCAUGUCCUCCCUCCACCUACACCUCUCGCUGGGCUGGGCCCCACAGCGCCGACGCAGCACUCCCCGCAUACUCCACUCUGCUGCUCUUCUUCCUUCCUUCUAGACUGUACUAGAGUAUAAAAAGGGAUGAACCGAAAUUCUCCGGCUUCCAGGGAGCGCAGUCCUCCGCCGCAUCCCACCUCGUUCGUUCUUGAUUCGAUUCCAUUCCAUUCGCCCACCAGGCAGGCGAUGGCGAACGGCGGCGCCGAGGCGUCGGGCUCCGGGCCUGCCGCCGGGCCGCUGCGGCCCCAGACCCAGAGGCGCGCCGGCGGGGACCCGCUCCUCGUCGUCUGCCGCUGCUUCGGCGUCGUCACGGCCGCCGUCGCGCUGCUCUGCGUCGCCGCCAACGUCCUCUCCGCGGUCUACUCCUUCCGCGGCGGCGCCGACAUCAUCGGCGGCGUGUUCCGGUGCUACGCGGUGGUGUUCUCCGUCUUCGUCGCCGUGCUCGAGACCGAGUGGGCACCCAUCAUCAGGCUCUGGAAGAUAUUUGAGUACUUGCCGGCAAGGGGAAUGCUACAGAUCUUUGUUGCUAUCAUGACCAAGGCGUACCCAAAUGUUGAGAGGAACGAACUGAUUUUGCUCCAGGAGAUUGCUACCUACAUGCUUCUUGCGUGUGGAGCUGUCUACAUAAUCGCAGGUAUACUGUGCCUUGGUGUGUUAAAACGUUCUAGGCAGCAUAAAGCAACAUCACAGGAGCAAGCUGUCAAGGAUCUGGAGGAGCUAGAGAAGAGGAGAGAAGAGCUUGAGUCUCUGUUAAUUGCUGAGCGGCCAGAGACGGCCUGAUGUCAACCACAAUGACCUACCAUCACUCUUCUGGCGUAAAUAAGUGUUUUUUCUGUUGAAUGUUGACAUGUUGAUAGCAUACUGCUUUGUCACGGCCAUCGGUUUCAUCUGUGGGUCACUUUGUUGACGUGUAUCGCCUUCUCUACUUCCUCUACCUUGCGGCUUUCCUCUGGGCCUCCGUCUGAAUUAUGGAUUUCAGUUUCAGAACGUUUGUGCCAUCGCAUUGUCUUGGAACAUGUUGUUUCAGUUGUGUAAUGUAGUUGUAUACUCCCAUGAUGAUCUCCUGUUGUAUGUGUUGCUGCAUAAUGCGCCUGAAUUUUCUGUGUAACUAGGGUCUCGUUCGAGAAAGAUGAGUUAAAGCAACUUCUCAUUCGACAGAUGAAUAGUAGGGACUCGAUAGGAUUAUGAUUUUCUGCAUUGUGCACCUAUAGUUUUUUUAUAACAUAGUCACUGUGUGCAAUCAA